GAAGUCCCUCCCCUUCCUACAAGAUCCUACAGAGAAAAACAAAACGGAUCUGUCUUUUCCUUCGUCUGGGAGAGAAUAAGAACAGUAAAAUGACUCAACAGGGAGUUCUGCUGGACCACAACCAGUUCAGUUGUUCAAUCUGUCUGGAUCUAUUGAAGGUUCCGGUGACUACUUCUUGUGGACACAGCUACUGUAUGAGCUGUAUAAAAGCCUACUGGGAUCAGCAUGAUCUGAAGGGAGUCUACAGCUGCCCCCAGUGCAGACAGACCUUCACUCCCAGGCCUGUUCUGAGGAAAAACAACAUGCUGGCUGAGGUGGUGGAGAAGCUGAAGAAGACAGAACUCCAAGCUGCUCCUCCUGCUGACAGUUCUGCUGGACCUGGAGAUGUGCUGUGUGACGUCUGCUCUGGGAGGAAGCAGAAAGCCCUCAAGUCCUGUCUGGUGUGUCUGGCCUCUUACUGUGAGGCUCACCUACAGCCUCACUAUGAAUCUCCUGCCUUUAAGAAGCACAAGCUGGUCAAAGCCUCCUCACAACUGCAGGAGAAGAUCUGUUCUCGUCACGAGCAAGUGAUGAAGAUUUUUUGUCGUACUGACCAGCAGUGUAUCUGUUAUCUGUGUUCUAUGGAGGACCAUAAAGGUCACGAUACAAUCUCAACUGCAACAGAAAGAACUGAAAAACAGCAGAAGCUUGGACUGAGUCAACAGGAUAUUCAGAAGAGAGUCCAGCAGAGAGAGAAGGAGCUGAAGGAGCUCCAACAGGCUGUGGAGUCUCUGACUCGCUCUGCACAAGCAGCAGAGGUGGACAGUGAGAGGAUCUUUACUGAGCUGAUCCUCUCUAUUGAGAGAAGACGCUCUGAGGUGAAGGAGCUGAUCAGAGCCCAGCAGAAGGAAGCAGUGAGUCAGGCUGAAGGACUGGUAGAGAGACUGGAGCAGGAGAUAGCUCAUCUGAAGAGGAGAUAUGUUGAGCUGGAGCAGCUCUCACACACAGAAGAUCACAUCCAUUUCCUCCAAGGUUAUCAGUCUCUCUCCAGCCCCAGUGUAUCUUCAGAUUUACCCAGCACCAUCAACCCUCGUCUUAAGGACUUCAGUGAUGUGAGGGAGGCUGUGUCCAAGCUGAAAGAGAAACUAGAGGACAUCCUUGAAGGGGAGUGGCCAAAGAUGAUAACAACUGUGAAUCCAGCAGAUCUUUUACUGCCUUCAGUGCCCAAGACCAGAGGAGCCUUCUUACAAUAUUCCUGUCAGCUCACACUGGACCCAAACACAGCAUACAAACGUAUAUCUCUGUCUGAGGGGAACAGAACAGGAAAAAGUAAAUCACAAGACCAGUCAUAUCGUUAUCAUCCAGAGAGAUUCACUGACGUCUGUCAGGUGCUGUGUAGAAAUGCUCUGUCUGGAUGCUGUUACUGGGAGGUGGAGUGCAGUGGAAGGGUUGGUAUAGCAGUGUCAUAUAAAGACAUCAGCAGAACAGGUCUUCUAUCUGGAUUUGGAUACAAUGAUAAAUCCUGGUGUUUAUGGUACAAUGGUAAUCGUUGUCAUUUCAGACACAAUAAUGUUGAGACAGUAACAUCAAGCUUUGGUUCCAGAGUAGGAGUGUACCUGGAUCACAUGGCAGGUACUCUGUCCUUCUACAGCAUCUCUGACACAAUGACCCUCAUCCAGAGAGUCCAGACCACAUUCACUCAGCCACUCUAUCCUGGGUUUGCAUGUUGGUCUUUGCGGUCCACUGCCAAGCUGUGUGAGCUGGAGUAGUUCACAUUAGUGUCCUUCCCUCCUUACAUCUCUGGUUGUGGAACUGCACCUCCUAACUUCCAUUUCUUUUCUGAGACUUUUGAGGGAGUUCUUCCUUGUCUUCUCUGAGGGUUUUGAUCUUUAGGUAACUGUGAAGUCAACUUUGUGAUAUUGCUGGGGAACACAGAGUAGGGAGUGUACCUGGAUCACACAACAGGUACUCUGUCCUUCUACAGCAGGGGUCCCCAAACCUUUUUCUGUGAGGGCCAGAUCAUUUUCCUUUCUUUAAUGUGGGGCCGGGUCGGUCUGUAACAGAACAUUUUAUGGGCCGGAGUAACUACCAGUAUUAUUGUUGAGAUUUUAUUAUGAUUUGAAAUAUAUUUAUUAUGCUUGAUUAGUUUAUUAUUUUGCUAUGCACCAUACAUACGUACAUUCAAUUGGUAUAUAGCCUAUUAAAAGAGCAUUAUUACUAUC